AGAUUCUACGACACAACGUGAAAUAAUUAAAUGGAAAUAAAUAAAUAUCGUAAUGCUCCCGAGGGCCAAUUUACUUUAAUCAUAUUUAAAUAUUUUAAAUAUCCACCACUGAAUUUACUGCAGUUUAAUAAGAGGCGGUCUCGUUUCAGACGAGGAGGUCUCGUUUCAGACGAGGAGGUCUCGUUUCAGGCGGUCUCGUUUCAGGCGAGGUGGUCUCGUUUCAGGCGGUCUCGUUUCAGGCGGUCUCGUUUCAGACGAGGUGGUCUUGUUUCAGGCGGUCUCGUUUCAGGCGAGGUGGUCUCGUUUCAGGCGGUCUCGUUUCAGACGAGGUGGUCUCGUUUCAGACGAGGUGGUCUUGUUUCAGGCGGUCUCGUUUCAGGCGAGGUGGUCUCGUUUCAGACGGUCUCGUUUCAGACGAGGUGGUCUUGUUUCAGGCGGUCUCGUUUCAGGCGAGGUGGUCUCGUUUCAGGCGGUCUCGUUUCAGGCGGUCUCGUUUCAGACGAGGUGGUCUUGUUUCAGGCGGUCUCGUUUCAGGCGAGGUGGUCUCGUUUCAGGCGGUCUCGUUUCAGACGAGGUGGUCUCGUUUCAGACGAGGUGGUCUUGUUUCAGGCGGUCUCGUUUCAGGCGAGGUGGUCUCGUUUCAGGCGGUCUCGUUUCAGGCGAGGUGGUCUCGUUUCAGACGGUCUCGUUUCAGACGAGGUGGUCUUGUUUCAGGCGGUCUCGUUUCAGGCGAGGUGGUCUCGUUUCAGACGAGGUGGUCUCGUUUCAGACGAGGUGGUCUCGUUUCAGACGGUCUCGUUUCAGGCGAGGUGGUCUCGUUUCAGACGAGGUGGUCUCGUUUCAGACGAGGUGGUCUUGUUUCAGGCGGUCUCGUUUCAGGCGAGGUGGUCUCGUUUCAGACGAGGUGGUCUCGUUUCAGACGAGGUGGUCUCGUUUCAGACGGCGCCUCCAGACUCGUUCACUUUAAACCAAAAGAUUUCAAGUCGUUGGAGCUCAAAUUAUGCAAAGAAGUAAAAGGAGACUAAAUAUUAGCACAAAAACACUUAAAUUCUCAAAAUAUCAAUUUAGAAUCUCAAACUACACAGUAUCCAAAAUAACGACUUUAAUGACUUAAUCUCUCAAUAACGACUUAAUCUCUCCCUCAAUAACAACUUAAUCCCUCAAUAAUGACUUAAUCUCUUAAUAACGACUUAAUCCCUCAAUAACGACUUAAUCCCUCAAUAACGACUUAAUCUCUCAAUAACGACUUAAUCCCUCAAUAACGACUUAAUCCCUCAAUAACGACUUAAUCCCUCAAUAACGACUUAAUCCCUCUAUAACGACUUAAUCUCUCAAUAACGACUUAAUCUCUUAAUAACGACUUAAUCUCUUAAUAACGACUUAAUCCCUCAAUAACAACUUAAUCCCUCAAUAACGACUUAAUCUGUAUAACAACUUAAUCCCUCAAUAACGACUUAAUCUGUAUAACUUAAUCUCUCAAUAACGACUUAAUCUCUAUAACAACUUAAUCUCUUAAUAACGACUUAAUCCCUCAAUAACGUCGUGAACAUUUGGCCAACGUUGCUUCUUCUCGACCAACUGGAUCUUCCACACAUUCGUGCCGUAGAACUCCUGCAGGAUGAAACUGAGGGUGAAGGUUCCUCGUCGGUUCUCCGGCUCGGAGAACCACAGAAGCAUUAAUAACAAUGAGCCUAACUUGCCUUUUAAAAAGAAUAAAUCAUGAUCAGAGAAGAUCUCUCAGCAGAAUGUACCACGCGAUGCAUAUCGAACCACACGGAACCAUAUCAGCGCUUCAGAACCCUAAAACGGGAACGCAGCCGUCCCCAGAACCUCCUCAUCUGUUUCUAGAACUCUUCUCCGGGAGAAACUGUGCAGUGCUUAAAAAUCUAUUUUAAUACACGACACAUCGGACAAAUGAAAAGAAGGAACAUUUUUAUAUUCUUUUAUCAAGAGAACGCAGAACCUUUUCUCUGGUUCCACCUGGAGGCGUCUCGAGGGCGGUGGUAGUGUAUAGGAAGUGUUGUCUUAAUAUGCCAAUGUAGUUUUUCUUUACGAUUAAAGGUCGGUGAUGAGUAA